GAUGAGGAGGGGGUUCCAGAUGAGCUAAGGUACAAAGGUAGAAAGACCCCAUGUAAAUCCAGAAGUCUGAAGAGAUGGCUGCAGAGUCUUGAUGGCUAGGAUCAGAAAUUGGACUCCAUCCUGGUUGGACUGGGCAGGAAUAAUGCCCAUUCUCUCCAAAAGUGAAAGAGGAAAAGCCCCCACCUUCUGCUGGUUCCAGCCUGGGUGGGGUGUCCCUGGGGAAAGACGAUGGAGGAAGUCUUGCUUCGUGUCCUCCCACCAGCCUUGCAUCUCUUCUCAGGGCCCCAGCAAAUGGGCCAACUGCGGACCCCACUUUCCCUUUUCCUCCUCUUGUUUGGGGAGCCUGCCUGUCUGAGGAGCCAGGACCAUCCCAGCUGCCCAGAACCCAGGAAACUGGAAGCCAGUAAAGUUGUCCUCUUGCUCAGUUGUCCUGGAGCCCCAGGAAGUCCUGGGGAGAAGGGAGCACCAGGUCCUCAAGGGAAACCUGGACCCCUGGGCAAGAUGGGUCCCAAGGGUGAGCCUGGGGAGUGUGUGGAGCCGGAGCUCAUCUGCCCUCCCCUUGGCCCCGGGAGCUGCCAGGAGCUGCUGAGCCGGAGUACCACUUUGAGCGACUGGUACCAUCUGUGUCUACCUGAGGGCUGAGCCCUCCCAGUCUUUUGUGACAGUUCAGACACCGCAGGUGGUGGCUGGCUAGUGUUCCAGGGGUGAUGGGAUGGUUCUGUGGAUCCUUGGUCCUCCUACACAGCAGGUGUGGGGAGCCAGGAGUCUGGAUUCUCGGGGGAUGAGAAUUUGCACCAGCUUACUCUCCAGGGUACCCAGGAGCUGUGGGUGGAGCUGGAGAACUUAGGCAACCACACCUUUGUUUCCUGUAGGUCCUUCCUCCUCCUAGUGGAGGCAGACCAUCACCAGCUGGUGCUGGGCAGGUUCUCAAAGGGUAGGGCAGGUGAGCGAGCCUAUGGUGGGGCCCUGGAGCAGUCCAAGAAGUCUAGGGAGGCUGGAUUCUUCCCCAGAGCUGCCAUGGUCUCCACGAAUGACCCAGGACACCUCCUUCCCCUGAUGCGAGUCUGUUUCCUCACUGGAAAAAUGGCAGUGAUGAGACAGGGUGGUGCAGGAGUGAGCAAAUUGGGCUCUGGAGCUGCCUGGGCCAGUGCCCUGGCUCCAUGGCACUGCUGUUUUUCCCACAGGGCCUGCAAACACCCACCUUACAGUUGCUCUGAGGCUCCUGCGAGAUCAUCUCUUCAACAGUGCCAGGCAUGGUGCCAGCACCAAGGUGCCUCCCACCCUCUUCCUGCCAGAGGCCCCCAGAGCUUCCAAGGCAGGAAACCCUUUCCCACCGACCAUGAUACAAAUGGGAGAAACUGCAUGGUGACUGUUCCCAGCGCCUGCUGGUACAGAUCCUGCUAUCAGACCAAUCUCAACGGGCGCUACUCGAUUUUCAAAGCCCCUGCCCAUAAUUAUGGCAUCCACUGGGCCUCACGCCAAGGCGUGGGCCAUCCUUACCACAGGGAUUAAAUGGUGCUUCGCUAG